UUUUUUUGCUUUUCUUUUCCUUCCUUCCCUUUUCGGUGAACAAUGACGACUACCACUCAGUUCACUGAUACGCCUGUCCUGUCAGGAGAAGGUCAUGGUAUCACCCAUAGGACGGACACUACUCCAGUAACAAUGUCUUUUGCAACAGAUCCACAACACCGACAUUCACAACAAAUGCCCAAUUCGCCAGCAUCACCGACGCGACCAUAUCCAAUAAUAACUAGAUCUUCUGAUGUUCAACAUCCACAGCAAUCACAAUCCAUCGCACAAGCAGGCAUUGUUUCUCCUGGAGUCACGUUUGCAGACGAUCACUGUGAGCAGUAUGACUCAGACAUGGAGGCAGAACUGGAUAUGGAUCAGUCACAAGAGACCUUACACGAAGGCCAGAUUCUCAAGUCUGGAUAUCUUAUUAAAAAAGGCGAACGUAUCAAGAUUUGGAAGAAGAAAUGGUUCGUACUUCGAACCUCAAAGCUUGCAUACUACAAGGACAGUAAGGAGUAUGUGCUCCUUAGAAUUAUCGACAUCAGGGACAUUCACAAGGCAGCAGAGGUGAUGGUCAAGAACAAAACGGGUGUCUUUGUGAUCCUCACACCCAAACGCACGUUCACUGUACAGGCCGAUAGUGUGGCUGAAAUGGAGGAGUGGAUUCAGGCAAUCAAUCAGGCUAAGAUGCAAUACGACUUGACAUCAAGCUCAGAUAUUGAACUUUCGCAUCCGGGAUCAAACGCUCAACAGGAGGUACAGUCAAGCUCCGCACCUCAAUUAGGAUCAAAAAAAUCUGACGCACUUUUAUCACGUAGACCACCCAACCCGAUGUCAAUCUCGGAUUCAGGACUGCUGGCGCUCGGACAGACAGGAAGGAAUUUGUCACCUCCAUCUCCACUCUCUCGUAAUCCAGAUCAGAGGCUCUCUGGGCUUUCUCUAGGAAUCAUGAGCCAAUCAGCUGGGCAAAUGCCAGCAAUUGUCUCGCCUGGGAAUAACAAUAGUCACGUUGUUAACACUGGUACGAGCGGCAGACAUCUACAGCCAAACAGCAAUAGGACGGGCGACGGCUUGUCUCUCAUCACAUCAGGAACACAGGCUAUUCGCAUUGGUGGCCUCGCAUCACCCUCAUCCCCUGCUGCCCGGCAGGGACACCAUGACCCUAACGAACUCCCUGCAAAUUCGUUUUCGUCGAAUCAAUCUUUCAUUGUCUCUCCUUGUACACCCAAUUCACCAGGGUUUGGAUCUGGAGGAGAUCAAUUUGGCAUGGGGGACCACAACGUGUCGUCUGAGGAAGAGGACGUGGCAGAUGAUCCUACAGUCUUGGAGGCUGGGCGUGUAGCAGCAGCAGCAAAUGCUCCAGGAUCAGGCUUAGUUACUGGAGAACAGCUUGAGAGCAAGGUUGUUCGACAAGGUUAUCUCCUGAAACUUGGCAAGACAUACAAGACAUGGCGAAAGAAAUGGUUUGUGCUCCGUGGCGAUAAAUUGACAUAUUACAAAAACGCAAAGGAGUAUCAACCACUUGGGAUCAUCCCACUAUCGACCAUUAUCGAUAGUCUACAGACUGAUCCUGUUUCGAAGCAUAAACAAUAUUGCCUACGCAUUGUCACCAGUAGCAAGAAGAGCAUUGUUUUGUGUGCGCCGGAUGAGGACACUCUUCUUCAAUGGAUAGACGCUCUCCAUGUGGAGUGUGCACGCGUCACCAGAGAGGCCAAGAGUGAACAGAAUCAACAUUCUACUGCAGCAGAUGAUGAUAUUUUAUCGGAUUCAAGGGCCAUCGGCAGAGUCGCCCAUAUGGAUCAUAAUCCUAUUUCCCCUCGACUGCAUCAGCACAAUGAGGGAUCCUCUUCCAAUGGCGGUAGUGGCAUACUUAAUUCUAAUGUACAGCUGAAUAAGGCACUGAAUCUGGAAUGCAGAACAGAUGGUCAUAGCACAGGUGUCACUUCACCGACAAGAGCGCUUCCUGGCCUUUCAAUGAGCUUUCAAUCGCCGCCAUCAUCACGUCCAUUGCAUGAGGGUAGCACGCCAACAACGCGCAACCCACCUACGGUGACUUUUAAUAUUUAAAUUUGUCUUUAUAGUUAUUAUUAUUAUUAUUAUUAUUAUUACUUUUCUCGUCUUUUAUUGUAUUACCAUACCUUUUGUUACUUUGUCGUCUAGUCCUUUACAUAGUCUCUCGUUUUUAAUGUCUUUCAAUCGUAUUCUAUACAAUAAUGUUUCCCUUUCCUAUUCUCCAUAAUAAUAAUCUUGAUAAUAACAACCAUGCAGUAAAUAUCAAUAAACAAAUAUUGGAACUGGG